AUGACGAUCACACCGCUGCAGAGGGUGUCCGUCGGCCGCAAUGGCGUCGGCGCAUUCAUCAUGCAGUGCAAGAGGCUGGAAUUCCACUACUGCGACUGGGCUGGGAGCUCCAAGGGCAUGAACCAGUUUAUCAAAUCGCAUCUCCCCGCCUUCGCCGCGAAGCACCCGCAGAUCGAGAUCACAGUCUCCCCGAGGCCCUCGAAGCACCCGGUCAUCACCGGUCACUACAUCAACGGGCGAUCCAAGCCUAUAUGUGUCCGGAACCUCGAAGCAAACCAGAUUCUGCAGAAAGUCGAGAUUCUCAGGGAUUCGGAUGGAGAGAAGAACAAGCGAUACUCGAAGCCCGUCACCAGCAUUAAUCUGGGUGUUAGGGGUAUUUGGAGUCCUUACCAUGGCAAAGGUAUGCCUGUAUGA